AUGCCAGUUCUUUCCGACAACGUGUUUCUACAGGUCCUGCUCGUUCUCUUUGUCAUUUGGCUCAUCUACCUCAUCGUAGCCAGUUCUCAAGAGGGCUGGGAAACCGAUGGCCCCAAGUCACUGGACGAUACCGACAAACUGGCCGAUCCCGCUUGUCCUUCUGGAGACAACUGGAAACCCAUGCGCGAUCCCCACAAAUUCCCUUACGGUCGCUUCACUCCGACUGGGGAAACACCCAUCGGUGGCAUUCCAAGUCUUCCCCAGAUUACCAACACCUCUGUCGCUCCGGCUUGGGACCCUGCCGCUGACACUCAAGCCGCACCCUUCCAAGCAGCACCUGCCGGUAUGCCUGCUGCCUCGGAUUGCUCGCCGGCGUGUGCCAAUGUGGACUACAACCAAAUCUUCUCCAAGACCGGUCUGCAACCCAGUGACCUCAUUCCAGGAAUCAGUCCCGAGGUCGCCAGUUUUGCCGGCGAGGCCGACCCCAGUCAAAAUGGCAAUUUCUUGGUCACCGAAUGGUCCGCAGGUCUGCCCACUUUGAGUCUGCCUUCUAGAUACAACUCUUUGGACCUGCGUGCCGUGCCGCCCAACCCGCAAACCCCACUGUUGUUGCGUUAUCAAAUCUGCCUGUUACUGGGACAAGGAGGCUUUGGCCAAGUCUACCUCGGCCAACGUCAUGCCGAUCGCCAAACGGUGGCCAUCAAGUGCAUUUAUCGCAAACAGAUUUGCGAUUGGAGUCGUGACCCAGAUUUGGGGGUCGUGCCGCUUGAAGUCUUCAUGAUCAAGAAUCUCAGUCAUCCGAAUAUCAUUGAAUUCGUCGACUACUUCAAUGAUGACUUGGAUGCUUGUGUCUACUUGAUCACCACCGUACAUGGUUGCAUGUGGUCCUGCCCCACGGCCUCCGGGCGUGAUUUAUAUGCAUUUAUUGAAUCCCGCGGUGGCAUCUGUGAAAACGAGGCCAAAGUCAUCUUUCGUCAACUCUUGCAAGUGGUUCAUCAUCUGGACACCCGCGGUAUCGUCCACCGAGACCUCAAGGACGAAAACAUUCUCAUCGAUGAGAACCUGCACAUCAAGGUGAUUGAUUUUGGGAGCGCCGCUUUCGUUGGCAAACCCUUCAACCACUACCGCGGAACCAUCCAAUAUGCUUCUCCUGAAGUCUUGCAGUCACAGUGUUAUCAUGGGCCUGAAUUGGAGAUCUGGAACUUGGGCUGCAUUCUCUAUAUCAUGUUGACGGGCGAGCUCCCGUUCGAUAAUGCAGCACAAGCCAUCCAAGGAGACAUUCAAUGUCCCCGAUGUCCCAUUUCUGACCACUGUCAAGACCUUCUAGUACGCCUUCUACACCCAAACAAACAGUUUAGACCUGACUUGCGAGAAGUGGAACGUCACGAGGUCGCAUUGUUCCCCAUCGUCCACACCGAUGUCUGGAAUCUGUACAAGAAGGCCGAAGCCAGUUUCUGGACCGCCGAAGAAGUCGACCUGGCCCGAGACCUCCCGCAUUGGAAGGACCGACUCCAUGACGACGAACGACUUUUUAUCGAGACGGUUCUGGCCUUUUUUGCCGCUUCCGAUGGGAUUGUGAAUGAGAACUUGGUCAAUCGGUUUUCCAACGAUGUGGCCAUUCCCGAGGCCAAAUGCUUUUACGCCUUCCAGAUCGCCAUGGAAAACGUUCAUGCAGAAAUGUACUCGUUGCUCAUUGAAACCUAUGUCCAGGACCCCGAGCGCAAGUCCUUCCUUUUUGAUGCCAUCGAAACGCUGCCGUGCGUCAAGAAAAAGGCACAGUGGGCCCUGAAAUGGAUUGAAGACCGCGAAGCCAGCUUUGCCUCCAGAUUGGUCGCAUUUGCUGCAGUAGAAGGCAUUUUCUUCAGUGGGGCCUUUGCCGCAAUCUUCUGGCUCAAGAAACGAGGGUUGAUGCCGGGCCUGACCUUUUCAAACGAACUCAUUUCCAGAGACGAAGGUCUUCACUGCACCGCGGCGUGCUUGCUGUAUAGCAAAUUGCAGUCCAAACUGUCGGCGGAAACCGUUACGGCCAUCAUUGUCGAGGCCGUGGGAAUUGAGCAAGAGUUUUUGACCGAUGCGUUGCCCGUGCGAUUGAUUGGCAUGAAUGCGGAUUUGAUGAGACAGUACAUUGAGUUUGUUGCCGAUCGCCUGCUGGUGGACCUGGGAUGCAACAAGCAUUACGGGUGCGAAAACCCCUUUGACUUUAUGGAGAUGAUUAGUCUACAGGGCAAGACCAAUUUCUUUGAGAAACGGGUGGGCGAAUACGCCAAAGCCGGUGUGGGUCAAUGGCAGGUUCACAAAGUGUUCACCUUGGAUGAAGACUUUUGA